AUGGCGGCCGCCGGGGCUCUGGCAAAGCACGAGCAGAUCCUGGUUCUUGAUCCGCCCACCGACCUCAAAUUCAAAGGUCCCUUUACAGAUGUAGUAACUACAAAUCUCAAACUACGAAAUCCAUCAGAUAGAAAAGUAUGCUUCAAAGUGAAGACCACAGCGCCUCGUCGGUACUGUGUGAGGCCAAACAGUGGAAUUAUUGACCCAGGAUCAUCUGUAAUUGUUUCAGUAAUGCUGCAGCCUUUUGACUAUGACCCAAAUGAGAAGAGUAAACACAAGUUUAUGGUACAAACAACCUAUGCACCACCAAAUAUUACAGAUAUGGAGGCAGUGUGGAAAGAAGCAAAACCUGAUGAAUUAAUGGAUUCCAAGUUGAGAUGCGUGUUUGAAAUGCCCAAUGAAAACGAUAAACUGAAUGACAUAGAUGCAAGCAAACCCGCCCCAGUCCUGAAUACAUCUAAGCAGGAUGGCCCGAUGCCAAAAUCACAUAGUGUUUCACUUAAUGACACCGAAACAAGGAAGCUAAUGGAGGAAUGCAAAAGACUUCAAGCAGAGAUUAUGAAGCUGACGGAUGAAAAUCGGCACCUGAGAGAUGAAGGUUUGAGGCUCAGAAAGGUAGCGCACUCGGAUAAAUCUGGAUCCCCCACGGCUUUGGCCAUCAGAGAUAACGGCUCUAAUUCUCUUCCUUCACUUCUGGUUGUAAUUGCAGCCAUUUUCAUCGGAUUCUUUCUAGGGAAGUUCAUCUUGUAGAAAGGAUGUGUGAGAGAAGCAUGCAAAAUGCGGCUUC